GUUCGUGCAUCUACUCUGGAGCCCAGGGCAUGUGCUGCUGCAGGCCAGGGUGGUUUGAUGAGUUUGUACGAUGCUAUGUUUACCCAGUAUGGUGUCAAGACAGCCCAGAUUUUACUCACCAAACCCGACUUCCAGAAUGAGACUAGUAAGGAGAAUCUCAAAGAGACGAUGAAUGAGUUGCUUAGGUUGAGCAUCAUCCCCAUCGUCAACGCCAAUGAUGUGGUGGCAGAUCCUGCAGAACCAGAUAUAGAUUUAUCUGGGGUGAUAAGUGUAAGAGAUAACGACAGCCUGGCCGCCCGUCUUGCAUCUGAGUUGAAAUGUGAACUGUUGAUCAUCCUGAGUGAUGUCAAUGGGCUGUACACAUCCCCACCUGGCAUGCCAGAUUCCAGACUUCUGCACACUUACUGCCCAGAGAUGGACCAAAUUGUUAUUGCUGGCAAGUCCAGGGUUGGAACUGGGGGCAUGGAUUCACAGGUAAGGGCAGCAACCUAUGCAUUGUCAAAGAACUGCUCUGUGGUUAUCUGCAAUGGUUGUGAGGAAAAUGCAGUCGUCAAUAUUGUGAAAGGGAGGAAGGUUGGUACAUUCUUCACCAAGGCUCAGGCAAGAGGAACUCCAGUAGAUCUUCAGGCUAAACUAGCUCGUGAUGGAAGCAGAACAUUACAAUCAUUGUCUGGUAUUCACCGAGCAGCGAUAGUCAACAGGUUUGCAGAUCUUCUCAUACAACAUAAGUCUGAUGUCCUGGCAGCCAAUCAGCAAGAUGUGCAAGAAGCGUUUGCUUCAG